AUGCCUAUCCCAGAAGAUGAGACGAGUUCAACUACAAAACUAUCAUUUCUAAGCAGGAAUCAUAGUCGACAGCAUCAUUCAAGGAAACCAAAGACAAGUAUCACAAAAACAAAUUCGAGCUUUGUACAAAAAAUCAUAACAAACGAUCAACUUGCCAAAAUAUUGAUGUCAAGGACAAGUGAUGAUACCAACUUAUUUUAUAAUUGUGGCACUAGUUUUAUUUGGAUGGAUGCAUCAGGGAAUCCAAAGGAACCCUUAUCCAGAACUGUAUUCACAAGAGCAUGUCCAACUUCACAUGAUGUUAAUUUACUGACCAGAGCAGCAGAUCAACUAGACCUCAUCAUCGGCUUUACUUCUGGAGACAUUAUCUGGUUUGAUCCGCUGUGUAAUAAAUAUGGAAGAAUCAAUAAAGGCGGCAUUAUGAACUCAACAUCCAUCACCAUGAUUAAAUGGCUACAAGGUUAUGAUAAUCUAUUCAUGGCUUCCUUUCAAGAUGGAAGUAUUAUGAUCUUUGACAAAGAUAAAGAAGAUGAACUAUUUCAUCCAGAUCCUAUUCCAAAUGUAAAAGAUAAAAAACUAUUCAAGAUUUCAAAACAUCCUCCAAAGAUCGCAUCCAAGUGCAAUCCAGUCUCACAUUGGAAGCUAUCAAAUCAAUCUAUCACUGCCUUUGCAUUUUCUCCAGAUUGUCAACAUGUUGCUAUUGUGGGCCUUGAUGGUUUACUACGUAUAGUCAAUAUACUGCAUGAAAGUUUAAAUGAUGUUUAUGAAUCUUAUUAUGGUGGUCUCUUUUGUGUGGCAUGGAGUCCAGAUGGAAGAUACAUCAUCACGGGUGGACAAGAUGACCUUGUUACUAUAUGGGCAUUUAAAGAGCAAAGAAUCAUUGCAAGAUGUCAAGGACACCACUCUUGGGUGAGGGGCGUCGCAUUCGAUCCCUGGAGAUGUGAUGAAAAGGUAUAUCGUUUUGCUAGUGUAGGAGAGGACGCAAAGUUGAUCUUGUGGGACUUUUCUGUCAGUGCACUGCAUAAACCAAAAACGAAAGCAGGAAAUAGGAACAGAGGCACAUCCGUUUCUUCUGUCAAUUCCCCUCCAUUAUCAAGUAUCCUAGCUACCAUUCAAGAUAAAGGACCCGUCAUUCAUCCUGUACUUUCAAAGACUGAGGUUGCCUUUUUACAGCCUACGGUGAUCAGAACGAUUCAUAGUGAUCCAUGUGUGGGCAUUUACUUUAGAGAGGAUGCUAUUGUGACAACGGAUAAAAGAGGAAGAAUAAACAUUUGGCAAAGACCACGUCAGUAG